AUGGACCGAGGAUCCGAGUACACUAACAAGACCCUUCAUAAUUUCUUUAUGGAAUGCGGUAUAACCCCAUGCUAUACAACAACAGCAGAUUCCAGAGCGCAUGGUAUUGCUGAACGAUUAAAUCGUACCUUAUUGGACGACUGUCGCACACACCUACAGUGCAGCGGUUUACCGAAUCAUUUAUGGUUUUCAGCAGUCGAAUUCUCCACCAUUAUCAGAAAUUCUUUAAUUUCGCCAAAAAACAAGAAUUACCCACGACAACAUGCUGGUUUAGCAGGACUUGACAUUAGUACUCUAUUACCAUUCGGUCAAACUGUUGUAGUCAACAAUCACAGUCCCGAUUCAAAGAUUUACCCUCGUGGUAUUACUGGUUACGCCUUACAUCCAUCACGAAACUCGUAUGGUUAUAUUAUCUAUGUUCCAUCUUUGAAGAAAACAAUAGACACUACUAAUUACGUUAUUUCGCACGGUGAACAAUCCAGAUUGGAUCAAUUCAAUUAUGAUGCACUUACCUUUGAUGCUGAUAUCAAUCGCUUAACCGCUCCUUAUCAAUCCUUUAUCGAGCAAAAUGAGGCAGAACAAUCUCACGAUCUAAAUAUUGAAUCGGAUCAAGACUUCCAAUCUGAUAUUGAGUUGAAUCCUGAUUCUCACGAAUAUGAUGUUCCCACAGUCACAAAUGACUCAACACAUUCAUUCGAUGACCCCAAGCAGCUGAAACCUGCACCUACCACAACUGUUCGUGCACCGAGGGAAGUUAAUGCUGAUAUAUCUACAUCUAACAUUCUUCCAUCCUGUAAACGAACUCGCAUAAUUGAUAUCUCUGACACGGAUAAUACAGAAUCGGGUGGUAUAACUCAAGCAGAUAUUUCGUCACCUGAUCCUAUAUCCGACUCCAAAUCAUCCAACUCAAACCAAGCUAAUGGUAAUAACAAUGUUAUCGAGUUAGAUUCCCCCACCGAUGCCAUUCCAAACUCUGAUGAUGACAGAAUCCCCAGUUUGGGUGGUACGAACGGUCAGACUAUUCCUCAACAUACUGGACCCAAUAACAAAAUUUAUGAUGGCCCACCUACUAUCGAGGAAUCUCUACCAGAAAACCAGUCGCCCGACUCUACGUUUCCAAAAACAACAUCCGAUACCUAA